CCGUUCAGAUAAAGGAGUUUGGUGCUAUAAAGAAAAUUGACUUCUCCCCCGUUCCUCCAUAUAACUAUGCCGUCACAGCCUCCUCAAGGAUCCACAUUUAUGGCCGUUACUCUCAGGAACCAGUCAAAACCUUUUCUCGCUUCAAAGAUGCUGCGUAUUGUGCCACGUACAGAGAUGAUGGCAAUCUGCUUGUUGCUGGCAGUGAGGAAGGCAGCAUUCACCUCUUUGACAUUAGUGGAAGAGCGCCGCUGAGACAAUUUGAUGGUCAUACUAAAGCUGUUCAUGUAGUGGGUUUCCUGUCUGAUAAAUACCGGAUAUUUUCUGGUGGUGAUGAUUAUUCGUCAAAUCUGUGGGAUAUUCCGAGUGCUACAGAGAUCGUCUCAUACAGCGAACAUACUGACUAUGUGAGAUGUGGCUGUGCAAGUAAAGUGAAUGCAGAUGUCUUUAUAACAGGUUCCUAUGAUCACACUGUGAAACUAUUUGACGCACGAACAAAAAGUAGUGUCAUGACAAUAGAACAUGGCCAGCCUGUGGAGAGUGUGCUUCUGUUCCCAUCUGGUGGGCUUCUAGUGUCUGCAGGAGGUCGAUAUGUCAAAGUUUGGGAUGUAUUAAAAGGUGGACAAUUACUAGUUUCACUUAAAAAUCACCAUAAAACUGUAACUUGUUUAUGCCUGAACAGCUCUGGACAGAGGUUAUUGUCAGGAUCCCUGGACAGGCAUGUGAAGAUCUACAGUACUACUUCCUACAAAGUAGUCCACAGCUUUAACUAUGCAACAUCCAUCCUCAGUCUUGCAUUGUCGCCUGAAGAUGAAACCAUAGUCGUAGGCAUGACCAAUGGGGUGCUGAAUGUUAAACACAGAAAACCUGAAGAAAGAGAAAAAUCUCAAAAGAAGAGACAGCCAGCAUAUAGAACCUAUGUGAAAGGAAGAACUUACAUGCCAAGACAGGAAGAUUUCUGUGUCAGUAAACCUGUAAAACGUGUGUUGAGGAAAUACGACAAGCUGCUGAAGACCUUUCAGUCUUCCAAGGCCCUUGAUGCAGUACUGGAGCCACCCAUCAGGCUUUAUACUCCUGAAGUUACAGUUGCCGUCAUGCAGGAACUACAUCGCAGAGGAACGCUGAGGAGCGCGCUUGCAGGCCGAGACGAGAAGCAAAUUAAUCUCCUCCUUACCUUUGUGGCAAGGCGUGUGAUUGAGCCUAGAUUUACUCCUGUACUGGUGACUGUUGCAGAUAUGAUCACUGACAUUUAUCAGCCUGUGGUUGGGCAGUCAGCGAUUGUUGAUAGACAAUUCUUAAGACUUCAGGAAGCCAUAGGAAAAGAGAUUGACUAUCAAGAGGAACUGCUAGAAGUUUUGGGAAUGAUGGAUACGCUGUUUGCUACUUUUACUGAGAAGAGAGCUGCUUAUCUAGAAGAGAACAAAAGUAAUGGUCUUACAGAGACCAUUGAAACGAAUAUGAAUAACUGACUGACAACCCUCACAAUGAAUUU